AUAUGACCAUUGAAGAACAAAAAUCUUACGUCUUUCAAGCUAAAAUUGAUGAACAAUUACCAAAUGUUCUUAGCGGAAAGGGUAUUAAAAUUGAAGUUGAAAAAGAUGGUAAAGUUACUGAACUUAUUGAUGCAAUGACUGGUGCAGCUGUUGGAGCUUUAGGUUGGGGAGAUCCUGAAGUUCAUAAAAUUAUGGCUGAAGCUGCAACUGUUACAAGUUAUUCUUAUCCUGCUUAUAUAGGUAACAAACAUGCAGAAGCAUUAGCUAAAUUUUAUAUUGAAAAUUCACCAAAGGGAGCAUUUGCAGGUGCACUUUGGUGUGGAUCAGGAUCAGAAUCUAAUGAAAAUGCUCUUAAACUUAUUAAACAAUAUCAUAUUGAAAAGGGUAAUUUAAAGAAGAAUAAAUUUAUUUCUAGAACAACUUCUUAUCAUGGAUAUACAAUUGGAGCUUUAUCAAUUUCUAGUAAUCCAAGGGCUACUGCUUAUAAGGAUAUUUUAUUACCACAAACUCAAUGUUUAAAGAUGCCAGUUUGUUAUGAAUAUAGAAAUAAAAAGAAGACUGAAACAAGUGAAGAAUAUGUUCAAAUAUUACUUGAUCAAUUAGAAGAAAUGAUUAUUGAAGAAGAUCCUGAUACUAUUGCUGCAGUUAUAGUUGAAACAUUACCUGGUUCAUCAUUAGGAACUGCUCCUCCACCACCAGGUUAUUUACCAGGACUUAGAAAAUUAUGUAAUAAAUAUGAUCUUAUCUUUAUGUUAGAUGAAGUUAUGUGUGGAACUGGUAGAUGUAAUCCAAAUGGAGGAUUAAAUUGUUGGGAAAAUUUCUUAACUGUUGAAGAAGGUCCAGAUAUUCAAACUGUUGGUAAAACUUUAGGUUCUGGUUAUGUAUCUAUUGCUGGUAUAUUAAUUUCUCCUAAAGUUAGAAAUACUUUCUUAAAUGGAUCAGGUAAAGUUAUUGGAGCUCAUACUUAUUCUGGUCAUGCAUUUAAUUGUGCUGUUGCUUUAAAAGUUCAAGAAAGAAUUAAAGAAUUAAAAUUAACUACCAAUAUUUUUAAGAUGGGUAAUUUAAUGGGAGAAAAAUUAAAGGAAUCCUUAAAGGAUAGUAGAAUAGUUGGAGAUGUUAGAGGUAUUGGAGGAUUCUGGUCAGUUGAAUUGGUUAAGAAUAAAGAUACUAAAGAAAGUUUCCCAUUACCAUUAGAUGUAUGUCAUCAUCUUCAAGAUAUUUGCUUUGAUAAUGGAUUAACUGUUAUGGGGAAUCAAUGUUGUAAUUUAGAUUCAGGAGAUCAUGUUUCAUUAGCUCCAUCAUUUAUUAUUACUGAAGAGAAUGUUAAUGAAAUUGUUGCAAUUUUUGAGAAGUCUGUAGCCGAGUUAGAUGCGGCUCUUGUUGCUUCCGGUGACUUAUAA